AUUUUUCUCUUUUUGUAUGUAAUAUAAUUAAAAUCUUGAUUAGCAUUUGACCAGUUGAAAUACUACUACUGAUCGGUAUCCAUCUUGCUGUCAAAUGUCUGUUUCUCUUCCCCUUUUCGGACCUUGUAUUCCCACCUGCUCUUCAUAAAUUGUGAUUAGUUUGCCGUCUCCUUUAGAAUCAUCCGUUCUCCUUCUUUCAGCUUCUUAUAGAUUGGACCUGUUAUGAUUAAGGAAGUUGGAUGAGCAAAUGAAGGUUUCUGUUUUCCACCAUGAUGUUUGAGUAGAUGAAGCUUCAACUGAAAGUUGCGUUUGCUUGUCUCGUUGGCGUAGUCUGGAUCCAGCAAGGCUUUUGUGAUGAACUUUCCACUAAAUCAGGCAUCAACAAUUGGACAUGUACAUGUUCAGCAUCAUAUCAAGGAAAUCAGAGCUAUACUAAAUCUAAUUGUUCUACAUCCUGUUAUUGCAGUCCAGUAGCCGGUCGACAAAGCAGAGGUACUUGGACAUGUACAUGUUCUACUGAUGGGUUACCAAAAGUUGCUGCUGGCAGUCAAGAUACUACCUGUUUUACAGCUUGCAACUGUACCUCUGGAUCUCUUACUGAUGCUCAAGCUACAAGAAAACAUAUUUCUAGCAAAAUAGUUGUGGUCAUCCUAUUAUGUGUCAUACUCACAACUCUUGCAUUUCUUGCUUCAACAACAUGGUAUCUCUGCAGAAAGGACAAGUGCCCUAUCCAGUCACCAACAUUCUUGUCAGACAGAGAAACAAGUUGCAAUAGUGCUACUAACUUAAUUAGUCAUAGGGCAUCUUCAGUGUCGGAAACUAAAAUCCGUGUUGAUUCCCCUAUUAAUCCUAUAUCAGGGUGUUUUCGCAAGGCUUCUUUCUUGUGUAGGAGCAAAACAGAGAUUAUACAUGGAACUUUAAUCUGUUUUGCAUACUCUGAAUUGGAACAUGCCACCGAUAAGUUCUCCCAUUCAAAUCUUAUAGGACUUGGGGGAAGUAGUUAUGUAUAUCGUGGUCAGCUCAAGGAUGGUACAACUGUGGCAGUUAAGCGACUGAAAGCUCAAGGUGGAACUGAUGCAGACCUCCUUUUUUCAAGAGAGGUUGAGCUGUUAGCAAAACUCCACCACUGUCAUGUUGUGCCUUUGCUUGGCUACUGCUCGGAGUUCCGAGGGAAGCUUUCUGAGAGGUUGCUGGUAUUUGAAUACAUGCCUAAUGGUAACCUGAGGGAUUGUUUGGAUGGAAUUAUGGGGGAAAACAUGAACUGGCAAACUCGUGUUACCAUUGCAAUAGGAGCUGCAAGGGGCUUAGAAUAUCUCCAUGAAGCAGCUGCUCCAAGAAUUUUGCAUAGAGAUGUCAAAUCAACCAAUAUCCUUAUGGAUGAAUUAUGGAGGGCAAAAAUUACUGAUCUUGGUAUGGCUAAACGUUUAAGAGCUGAUGGAGUUCCCAGCAGUUCCAGUUCUCCAGCAAGAAUGCAGGGCACAUUUGGAUACUUUGCACCAGAGUAUGCAAUGAUUGGAAGAGCCUCUCUUAUGUCAGAUGUUUUCAGUUUUGGUGUAGUUCUACUUGAAGUUAUCACUGGUCGGCAACCAAUCCAUAAAACAACCAACAAAGUAGAAGAAAGCCUUGUCUUAUGGGCUACCCCUCUUCUCCAGGAUAGCAGGCGAGUAAUUUCAGAGUUGCCUGACCCACGCUUGAAAGGGAAUUUCCCAGAAGAAGAGUUGCAAAUAAUGGCUUACCUGGCAAAGGAGUGCCUGCUGAUGGAUCCUGAUUCUCGACCAAGCAUGAGUGAGGUUGUACAAAUCCUCUCAACUAUAGCACCAGAAAAAUCCAAAAGGAGAAACAUUCCCGUGAGUCUUUUUCAGAUGUCUUCAAUCCAGAGUGUGACAACUGAUCCAUACAAAGAAAAACCUGACAGUCGAGCUGAAGAUCCUGUUGAUGCAGAGGAAGUACUGAAACGAGACAGGUUGUCAAUUCAACAGUCAGCUUUUGAUGUAGACCGCAACCUUUUUGUUGGAAGCUACAUUGAAGGGGCAGAUAAUAUUUCAACCAAGUAUAUGGAGAGGUUAAUCAUCUCGACUUCAAAAGCUCACAGUUGGGGUGCCGCAGAUGAUGAGGCCGUAGAUUUAACUGAGCCUCGGUUAGAAUCUUUCUGUGUGGAAAAUGUUGAAUCUACUUGAAAGCUGCUCCCUCCCAUUGAAGGCAAAAAAUACUUUGUUCCGGUACAAACUCUUUUGGUUUCUUACACAGAGGAGAAGCAUGCAAGUUUUAGAGGAUUACCCUUUCUAAUGUUGAUUUUUUUAUUCAUUUAGUUUGAAAAUGAAAAAGGAAUCUUGCUCAUAUCUUUAUUUAUUUGUAUUUAAUUGUUCCUGUACAAAAAAAAAAGUUAUAGAAAGCUCGUUUUGUGUUUAUAAUA